AUGUAUGCAGCACUGUUAACAUUGUCAUUACUGUGUGCACCGCAUCAACUACACGCGGAAGUCGGGGAUACAGAUCUCAAUGAACUCUCGGACAAACAGAAUGGAGUUAAGAUAAAUAAAUGCUGCGAACAUAACGAAAUUGUUGUGGACGGAGUAUGUAGGCUAGCCGAGAGAUACAACCAGAGUUUGUGGACACCACAAUUUAAGACUGAAGAUGGCAACGACGCCAAAGUAAAAUAUUAUAACUAUGUAUUCGGUGUGCCUGACUGUGCCACCACACAACAGAGAGCUAUAUUUGAUUUAGACAAAUCUGAGGACAAGCUUAAUUUAUUAACCGAUGGCCGCUUACAACAUGUUAUCAAUCAUACUCCUAGUUCCGAUGUAAAAGAAGAACCAAUGUUAAAUAGUUUCAACCUACAUGAUAGCAUAACAAUACCCGAAGAGAAAGAACCAUCAUCAUACAUACAUAAUCAAGCUAAAUAUUGUAUGGAUAAGAUACUACUCACACUAAAAGACACGCAUUCAAAGAAAGGAGUUAAUAUCACAGGCACAUAUGCAUUAGUAUGUGUGCCAGAGGUCAAAAUUAACUGGAGAGAUACUAACUUUUUAAUGAAGAAGAUUCUCAACCCUUUAUUUCACGCUAUUGCAAUGAUAUUGUACCUACUGGUAGCUGUUAUAUACUUUGUGUUGCCAACACUUCGAGACUUGGCCGGGAAUAUAAUCACAACUAUUAACAUGUGUUUGAUAGUCAGUCAGGCAGCGGAUUUAGUGAGAAUAUUUACUGAGUUCAGCAACCAUGUUAGCUUUAUGGUCACUGAUAUCAUCCUGUACAUCAGUCUACUUGCAGCCUUCUUUUGGCUCAACAGUUUUGGGUUUUAUAUCUGGAAAACGUUUAAGUCUCGCAACGUGUUUCUCCGCGUGACAGAUGUGCGCAAGUACUGCUAUUAUUCAAGCGUGGUGUGGUCCAGUGUGUUGUUAAUGGCCGGUAUGGCUAUAUGCGCACAUUUCCUACUCGACACCGGCACCAACCCUAACAGGAAGACCAGGAUCCAGUUCUCUUCGUCAAUCAUCAUUGACGAUGUUGAACAGGAAACCAUUGGAUUACUCGGCAUCGCGAUAUUCUUCACCCCAGUUGCAUUCACUAUAAUUUUCAACGUAUUCUUUUACGUUACGACAUUGAAGAUCAUAAAGAGAAUCAACAUUUAUGGGAGGAUACAUCAUAAACUGAAAGGAUGUUUUAAUUUAUUCCUCCAACUAUUCCUCAUAAUGACGACAGCGUGGCUGUUCUUAUUGUUAUCCUGGCUGAACAUCGACGAGUUGUUAUACGCACACAUCUUCGUGAACCUAUUCCAGGCAAUUUUAAUAUUCUAUGUGUGCAUAGUGCGACAGUCGCAUGUAACGUUUUUGUUGCGCAAGAGUUGUUGCUAUGCAGAGCCUGUGCCUACGGGGGAGUGGGGAGACGAGAUGACUCAUAUGAACGGAGGGAAUUACUGA